AUGCAUAUUAUCCUCACUGGCGCGACCGGUACAGUUGGGCUCCCGGUACUGCGCCUCCUCCUGGCCGACCCGACGGUGACGCGGGUGACGGCGCUAUCGAGGAAAGCCUUCGAGGCACCUGACAAAGACGCCAACGGCAAGGCAAACGGGCAGCCGAAGGCGUCGUACGACCCGUCGAAGCUGGAGGUCAUCGUACAUACGGACUACGCGUCGUACCCUCCAGAGCUCCUCGAGCGACUGCGCGGGGCGCGUGCAGCGAUCUGGGCGCAGGGGAUCAGCCAGACGGAGGCGCCGAAGCCCGAAUACGAGCGCAUCACUAUCGACUAUCCCCUCGCCGCCGCACGCGCCUUUGCCGGUCUCGCAGGCGACGACCAGCCGUUCACCUUCGUCUACGUCUCUGGUCAGCUCGCGAUGACAUCCGAGCUCACCCCCGUCUACUUCGCCCGCAUCAAGGGCCGCGCCGAGCGCCUGCUCACCGAGCUCGCUUCUACCCAACCCUCCAAGCUGCGCGUCCUCCACGUCCGCCCCGGUAUUGUUGAGGUCCCCAAGCGGCAUAGGCCAGCGGCGCCUGGCGUGCGAAACGCGGAGAUCGUGCUGAGCCCGAUCUUUCGGUGGUUUGCGCCGGGGCUGCUGAGCCCGGUGGGCAUGGUGGCGGAGGUGUUGACCGACCUGGCGGUGAGGGCGGGGGAGGGAGGGAGGAAGGCGCCGGAGAGCGGGACGACAGUGACGAGUCCGCAGAUCAAGCGGUGGAAGACGGUGAGGGUGACAGUAGGGGUGGAGGCGUGA